UAAAACACCCUGGCUCUUCGAUCUCGGAUCUCAUUCUCUUUACCUUCUUUCUCAAUCUCUUCGAUCUGUGCAGCGGACUCUCUUUCACAAUGCCGAGUCGACUCCUUCUUCUCUCACUCGCCGCUCUGCUCCUCUUCUCCUCACUCUCUCUGACCCUCUCCAAAGACGUCAAGGACGAUGACGACGAGGACCUUAGCUUCCUCGAUGAGGCCGACGACCAAUCCCACCUCCACCACUCGGAUCCGGACCAUUCCGACGAAGAAAACCUAGAUGAAGACGAUUUCGAGAACUUGCCCGACUUCGACGAGUCGGCCUACCAGGACGAGUACAAGGAGCCCGAAGUGGACGAUAAAGAUGUUGUUGUUUUGAAGGAGGGCAAUUUCAGCGAUUUCGUGGCGAAAAACCGCUUCGUCAUGGUGGAAUUCUACGCGCCGUGGUGCGGGCACUGCCAGGCGCUGGCGCCAGAGUACGCCGCGGCGGCGACUGAUCUCAAGGGCGAGGACGUGGCCUUGGCGAAGGUAGACGCGACGGAGGAGAGCGAUCUGGCUCAGGAGUACGAUGUUCAGGGCUUUCCAACUGUUUAUUUUUUCGUAGAUGGGGUUCACAAGCCUUAUAACGGCCAGAGGACCAAAGAUGCUAUAGUGACGUGGAUUAAGAAGAAGAUAGGACCAGGUGUCUCCAACAUAACCACAUUGGAUGAUGCUGAACGCAUAUUGAGUUCGGAAAGUAAAGUUGUUUUGGGCUACCUCAAUUCUUUGGUGGGCCCUGAGAGUGAGGAGCUUGCAGCUGCUUCAAAGUUUGAAGAUGACGUUAACUUUUACCAAACUACAAAUCCUGAUGUGGCAAAGCUUUUUCAUGUUGACCCUGAAGUUAAACGCCCUGCUUUGGUUCUGCUUAAGAAGGAAACUGAGAAACUGAGCUUCUUUGAUGGUCAAUUUGUUAAAUCUACAAUAGCUGAGUUUGUAUUUGCCAACAAGCUUCCUUUGGUUACCAUUUUUACUCGGGAAAGUGCCUCCUUAAUUUUUGAAAAUCCCAUUAAGAAACAGCUGUUGCUAUUUGCCACUUCAAAUGACACAGAGAAGGUUGUCCCAGUAUUUGAGGAGGUAGCAAAGUUUUUCAAAGGGAAGCUUAUCUUCGUGUAUGUGGAAAUGGAUAAUGAAGAUGUUGGAAAGCCCGUUUCAGAUUAUUUUGGUGUCAGUGGUGAUGCUCCCAAAGUUAUCGCAUACACAGGAAAUGAUGAUGCCAAGAAAUUUGUGCUUGAUCGGGAAGUGACCUUGGACAGUGUCAAGGCUUUUGCAGGGGAUUUCUUGGAAGACAAGUUAAAACCUUUCUUUAAGUCAGAUCCAAUUCCUGAGACCAAUGAUGGGGAUGUGAAGAUAGUGGUUGGAGAUAAUUUCGAUGAUAUUGUUCUGGAUGAGUCAAAGGACGUUCUCCUUGAGAUUUAUGCUCCUUGGUGUGGGCAUUGCCAAGCACUGGAGCCAACAUACAACAAGCUUGCCAAGCAUCUACGUGGCAUUGAUUCUCUUGUUAUAGCCAAGAUGGAUGGAACAACAAAUGAGCAUGCCCGGGCAAAGUCUGAUGGCUUCCCAACACUUCUCUUCUUCCCAGCAGGAAACAAGAGCUUUGAUCCAAUUACUGUAGAUACUGAUCGUACAGUGGUGGCGUUUUAUAAAUUCCUCAAGAAGCAUGCAUCAAUCCCUUUCAAGCUCCAGAAACCAACUUCAACACCAAAAUCCGAAAACCCUGAUGCCAAAGACAGCCAUGAGCGAAGCACUGAAGAUUUGAAAGACGAAUUAUGAGGAUUUUAAUUUAGUGGCACACAUGUCUCUUGUCCGCCAUCAGCAAGGAGGAAAAGGAAUAGUGUCAUGUAGAAGAAGAUAGAGUGAACGGAUAGGGAAACCAUUAGAGAAUUCAAUCUCCCCCUUCCCCAAAAAAAAGAAGAACAAGAGUACGAUGUUGUAGCAAGUAAGUUUAAGUUUUGCAUCACUUAUGCUGAGUCGGAGUUUGGCUGAAGAAUUUAAUAUAAUAUCCUAUUUUUAUUUUUCCGGCU